AAUGAGUAGUGCUGUUACAAGGGCAGGUUAAAAGGUAUUAGAUUUAACUUUUAAGGUAGUGGAAAGAAUUUUGGGGUUAAUAAAUAACUAAGAAUACCUAAUUAGAGGAGAAAAAGAGUGAAGCUUAUGAAUUAAACAAUUAUUUUUAAAUGGCUGAAAGAACAUUAGUUACAAUCAGCUAAUGUCAUUCAUGUAUAAUAAAAAUGUAUAUGAAGAAUUAUAAAUACAAUACAAUCAAUGUGCAAUGAUAGUGACUAAAAUAUAUGAACAUGAAUUAGGAUCUAAUAAACUAAUUGCAAAUAAUCUUGUAAAGAUGUUCUAAAAGAUAUCUGAAUUACAUGGUGAAAAGGUGACACCCAUUUAUUAGUUGAAACUUGAAAUAAAGCCGUGGUUUGACACUAUGGAAUAGUUAAAGAUCUUAUUGGAAAGAUAUUAGGAAGAUAGAUUGAUAUAUGAUCAUUAUAAGUUAAAAAUGAAAGAGUUGUAAAAUAGUAAGGAUUCAGAUAAGACCAAUAGAGUAUCAAUUAUUAAUUAAUAUAGAAUGAAAAAAAAUUAGAGAAAGCAACUACAGCUUACUAAAAUAUUUGUAUUGAUAUGAUUGGGAAAAUGGAUAACAUAAUCUCAAACAAAAUAAGGAUGAUGAAUGUUCUAUUAUCCUCAAUUAUUAGCAUAGAACAUGAUGUUUCUACCUAAGAAAGCAAAUUAUAUCAUGAAUGUUUAGAUUUUGACAAAGAAUUUUCAAAUGGUAAUCAAACUAAAUCAGUUUAACCAGAAAAUUAAGAAUAGGAAAAUAACUUUAUUAACAAAACUAGAAAAUUAUUAAAUUUAUAACCUGCUUUAGAUAGUAAAUAAAAUGAAAAAUAACACCAAAUCAAACAACCAUAAUUUGGGGAAACGCCUACACCAAAUCCGGAUAAUGAUCCAUUUGAAGAUUUUAAUAGAGUUUCAGCUUAAUUUGCUGUAGAAUUAAAAGAUGAUUCUGAAUCACCAGCAUUAUGUAAGGAUUCUAGAGCUUCUAAGUAAAACUAAUAAUAAACGAGAUCAUAAAUUUAAUAAUAAUAAGAAUAAUUUUACUAGACAAUUAAACACUAAAGAAAGUAGUUAGAACAAUCAGAUAUUAAGCAAUCAAAUUAAACUGAUCUAAAUCAAGGAUUCUCAAAUCCAUUUGCAACACCAUAACAACAAUAACAAUAAUAAUAAUAAUAAUAAUAAUAAUAAUAAUAAUAAUAAUAAUAAUAAUAAUAAUAAUAAUAAUAAUAAUAAUAAUAAUAAUAAUAAUAAUAAUAAUAAUAAUAAUAAUAAUAAUAAUAAUAAUAAUAAUAAUAAUAAUAAUAAUAAUAAUAAUAAUAAUAAUAAUAAUAAUAAUAAUAAUAAUAAUAAUAAUAAUAAUAAUAAUAAUAAUAAUAAUAAUAAUAAUAAUAAUAAUAAUAAUAAUAAUAAUAAUAAUAAUAAUAAUAAUAAUAAUAAUAAUAAUAAUAAUAAUAAUAAUAAUAAUAAUAAUAAUAAUAAUAAUAAUAAUAAUAAUAAUAAUAAUAAUAAUAAUAAUAAUAAUAAUAAUAAUAAUAAUAAUAAUAAUAAUAAUAAUAAUAAUAAUAAUAAUAAUAAUAAUAAUAAUAAUAAUAAUAAUAAUAAUAAUAAUAAUAAUAAUAAUAAUAAUAAUAAUAAUAAUAAUAAUAAUAAUAAUAAUAAUAAUAAUAAUAAUAAUAAUAAUAAUAAUAAUAAUAAUAAUAAUAAUAAUAAUAAUAAUAAUAAUAAUAAUAAUAAUAAUAAUAAUAAUAAUAAUAAUAAUAAUAAUAAUAAUAAUAACAAUAACAAUAAUAAUAAUAACAAUAAUAAUAAUAACAAUAAUAACAAUAAUAAGAUUUUAGACUUAGUUAAUCUAUGGUUAUUUAAUCCAAUACAGGUUGGAAUCCUUUUAAUGAAGGUUAAAAUAAUCAACAAUCUUUUAAAAAAGGUAUUAGAAAUCCAUUUGAUGAUGAAGUUGAUGAUACCUAUGUUCAAUAAUAAUAAAUUCAAAAUCCAUAAAUACAAAUUCAUUCAUAAAUCCUAUCAUCUAGAUCUAAUAAUCCAUUUGCAAAUGAAACUAAUUAAUAAGUUCCUCCAAGAAUGUUUUAAACUUAUUAACCAAGCAAUCCAUUUGCUGAUCAUAGUAAUGAGUAUUAAAAGUAGCCAAAUUAAAAUACAUCAAAGAAUCCUUUCAUUUGA